CGGCGGCGGCAGCUCCUACCAAACAUGUCGGCUCCCGCCGGGCCCCGGAGCGGCCCCGCCGCUCCUCAGCCUCCUCCGGCCCCGCAGCCCGAGAUGCCGGACCUCAGCCACCUCACGGAGGAAGAGCGGAAGAUCAUCCUGGCCGUCAUGGACCGCCAGAAGAAGGAAGAGGAGAAGGAGCAAUCCGUGCUCAAGGUCAAAGAAGAGCAAAAACCACAGCCGACACAGUGGUUUCCCUUUAGUGGGAUCACUGAGCUGGUAAAUAACGUUCUUCAACCACAGCAAAAACAGCAAAAUGAAAAGGAGCCCCAGACAAAAUUACAUCAGCAGUUUGAGAUGUAUAAGGAGCAAGUCAAGAAGAUGGGUGAAGAAUCACAGCAGCACCAGGAGCAGAAGGGUGAUGCCCCAACCUGUGGCAUCUGCCACAAAACCAAAUUUGCUGAUGGCUGUGGCCAUAACUGUUCCUAUUGCCAAACGAAAUUCUGCGCGCGCUGCGGAGGAAGAGUGUCUCUGCGGUCCAACAAGGAGGACAAAGUGGUAAUGUGGGUAUGUAACUUGUGCCGAAAACAACAAGAAAUCCUCACGAAGUCGGGAGCCUGGUUCUAUAACAGCGGGUCACACGCCCCGCAGCAGCCGGACCAAGAGGGAAGCAGAGCUCUGAGGAACGAGGAAGCACCGCAAGAGAAAAAAGCAAAACUGCAGGAGCACCCGCAGUACCAGGGACCACCAGGUGACAUAUCCACACAAGCUUUGGACAAAAACAGGUCUCAAGGGCUCACAAGACAAGACUCAAUUAAGAAUGGUUCAGCAGUAAAGCAUCCAGUAGCGAGUGACACAUCAGACAGGAAAAGAAGCCCUUCAAUAUCAAGAGAACAGAGCAGAAGAUACGACCAAAGGGACGAGAGAGACGAAUAUUCACAGUAUGCUACAUCAGACAGUGCGAUGCCCAGGUCACCAUCAGAUUAUUCAGAUAGGCGGUCACAGCGUGGGCCCCAGUUAUACGAGGAACCUGAACUGGGUGAUUAUAGAGAUUCCAACAGAAGGAGCCGCAGGCGUUCCAAGGAGUAUCCGGUAGAAGAAGAAGAUGCACAAAGCAGGGAAGAAUAUGAGAGGCAAAGGAGGGAAGAGGAAUACCAGGCACGGUACCGGAGUGAUCCUAAUUUGGCUCGUUAUCCAGUCAAGCCGCAGCCAUAUGAGGAGCAGAUGCGUAUCCACGCUGAAGUGUCCCGAGCGCGGCAUGAACGCAGGCAUAGCGAUGUCUCACUGGCAAAUACAGAGCUGGAGGAUUCCCGGAUGUCCAUGCUCAGGAUGGAACGGCCGUCAAGACAAAGAUCCGUGUCUGAGCGCAGGGCCGCCAUGGAAAACCAACGUUCAUACUCUAUGGAAAGAACUCGAGAGGCUCAGGGACCAAGUCCCAAUCGUCAGAGGACCACAAAUCAUAGCCCUCCUACACCUAGGAGGAGUCCAAUUCCUCUGGAAAGACCAGACAUGAGGCGCUCUGAUUCUUUAAGGAAACAGCAUCAUUUGGAUCCCAGUUCUGCUGUCCGGAAAACAAAACGUGAAAAGAUGGAGACCAUGUUACGGAAUGAUUCACUCAGCUCGGACCAGUCUGAAUCUGUCAGACCUCCACCACCAAAGCCCCAUAAAACGAAAAAAGGAGGUAAAAUGCGCCAGGUUUCAUUAAGUAGCUCAGAAGAAGAAUUGGCAUCCACACCAGAAUAUACAAGUUGUGAUGAUGUAGAGAUUGAAAGUGAAAGUGUUAGUGAAAAAGGGGACAGUCAAAGGGGAAAAAGAAAAACUAGUGAGCAGGCAGUUUUGUCGGAUUCUAACACCUUAUCCGAGAGGCAAAAGAAAAUGGUCUGCUUUGGUGGCCACUCUUUGGAAGAGGACUUGGAAUGGUCUGAGCCUCAGAUAAAAGACUCUGGGGUAGAUACGUGUAGUAGCACAACUCUAAACGAGGAACAUAGCCAUAGUGAGAAGCAUCCAGUAACUUGGCAACCAUCCAAAGAUGGAGAUCGUCUCAUUGGUCGGAUUUUGUUAAAUAAGCGACUAAAAGAUGGAAGUGUGCCUAGAGAUUCAGGAGCAAUGCUUGGAUUGAAGGUAGUAGGAGGAAAGAUGACUGAAUCAGGUCGACUCUGCGCAUUUAUCACCAAAGUUAAAAAAGGAAGCUUAGCUGAUACAGUGGGGCAUCUUAGACCAGGUGAUGAAGUAUUAGAAUGGAAUGGAAGGAUACUACAAGGAGCCACCUUUGAGGAGGUGUAUAAUAUAAUUUUAGAAUCCAAACCUGAGCCGCAAGUAGAGCUUGUAGUUUCAAGACCAAUAGGGGACAUUCCCAGAAUACCUGACAGCACACAUGCACAGCUGGAGUCCAGUUCUAGUUCAUUUGAAUCUCAAAAAAUGGACCGACCUUCCAUUUCAGUGACUUCUCCUAUGAGUCCUGGCAUGUUAAGGGAUGUUCCACAGUUCUUGUCUGGACAACUUUCAAGCCAAAGCCUUAGUAGAAGAACAACGCCUUUUGUUCCUAGGGUUCAGAUAAAACUGUGGUAUGACAAGGUUGGUCAUCAGUUAAUAGUGACCAUACUGGGAGCAAAGGAUCUUCCUUCAAGGGAAGAUGGGAGGCCAAGGAAUCCUUAUGUUAAAAUUUACUUUCUUCCAGACAGAAGUGAUAAAAAUAAAAGAAGAACAAAAACAGUAAAGAAAACAUUGGAACCUAAGUGGAAUCAGACAUUUAUUUAUUCUCCAGUUCAUCGGAGAGAGUUUAGAGAACGAAUGUUAGAAAUCACUCUUUGGGACCAAGCACGAGUUCGAGAGGAAGAAAGUGAAUUUUUAGGAGAGAUUCUUAUUGAGUUAGAGACAGCAUUACUAGAUGAUGAACCCCACUGGUACAAGCUUCAAACACAUGAUGUCUCUUCAUUGCCACUUCCCCAUCCCUCACCAUAUUUGCCGCGCAGACAGCUCCAUGGAGAGAGUCCCACACGGAGGUUACAAAAUAAAGGCUUAUAUUCAUAUAAUUCAGGAUCCAAAAGAAUCAGUGACAGCGAAGUCUCUGAUUAUGACUGUGAUGAUGGAAUUGGUGUUGUUUCAGAUUACCGACAUAAUGGGAGAGAUCUUCAAAGUUCAACACUGUCAGUGCCAGAGCAAGUAAUGUCAUCUAACCAUUGUUCUCGAUCAGGGUCCCCUCACCGUGGAGAUAGUAUAGGACGGACUAGAUCGUGGUCUCCCAGUGUCCCUCCCCCACAAAGUCGGAAUGUGGAUCAGGGACUGCGAGGGACUCGAUCCACUGCUGCGCAUUACAACACCCUGAGCCGCAUGGACAGGCACCGAGCUGUGGACGACCACUACUCCCCAGACAGAGAGAGUCAUUAUGUUACUUUACCUCGUUCCCGGUACACCCAGUCCUCAGAUCACCAUUACAGGGAUGUCAGCCAGGAUCACACAAUGUAUCCUCUGUUUUGUGAAGAUGCAAUCAGAUUGCUCCGCUCCCGUACGAUGUGCCGUACCUAUUCUGAGGGUGCUUACUAUGAUCUUGAGAGGAGGACUAGGCAGGAGAGAAGAGUGCCUAAUUCAUAUUAUGAUGACACAGCCUAUACUCCUGAAAGGUGGUACAAUGGUGCAAGUUCAUGGGCAGAUGAUAUAGUCAAUGGUUCAGCUGAAAAAUAUGGGAAUUGUGAAGCAGCAGAUAGACAGCCAUAUCAAAGAUCCAGAUCAACAGAGCAACGUCCUGUGCUAGAGCGGACCAACUCCCGCUCCCGAUCCACAGAGCGUCCUGACUCAAACCUCAUCAGGUCGAUGCCUUCAUUAAUGACUGGAAGAUCUGCCCCUCCUUCACCUGCCUUACCGAGGUCACAUCCUCGAACUGGGUCUGUCCAGACAAGUCCAUCAAGUACUCCAGUAGUGGGGCGAAGGGGCAGGCAGCUACCACAGCUCCCACCAAAGGGGACGUUGGAGAGAAACAAUGGAGACAAGGAGAUAGAGUCUUAUGAAGAAGUUACAUGGGAAGACCAGCAGAAAAAGGUGAAUGGUACAAUAACUGAUGACAAACCAUUGCCGAAAAAGAAACACCAUUCUGAGACAGAAGAAAAGAAAACAGAUCCAGAGAAUGGGGAUACAGGUGCACUGGAUGUAGAAGAAAGGAAUCGCCAAAUGAAAAUGAGCAAGUACAAACAGGUAGCAGGAUCAGAUUCCAGGCUGGAACAAGAUUAUCAUUCUAAGUACCGGUCAGGGCGGGAUCCUCACCGAGGCUCAGACAAUGUUUCCAACAAGUCCUCGGACAGCGACGUCAGCGACGUCUCGGCCGUGUCCCGGACCAGCAGCGCUUCCCGCUUCAGCAGCACGAGCUACAUGUCCGUGCAGUCGGAGCGCCCAAGGGGAAACAAGAAAAUCAGUGUCUUUACAUCCAAAAUGCAAAGCAGACAGAUGGCCAUCUCAGGAAAGAACAUGACUAAGAGCACCAGCAUCAGCGGGGAGAUGUACACGCUGGAGAAGAACGACGGCAGCCAGUCAGACACGGCAGUGGGCACUGUUGGUGGUGGCAGCAAAAAGAGGCGCUCCAGCAUUGGCGCGAAGAUGGUCGCCAUCGUGGGGCUGUCGAGAAAGAGCCGGAGCACGUCACAACUCAGCCAGACUGAAGCAGGGGGCAAGAAGCUGCGGAGCACCGUCCAGAGGAGCACGGAGACAGGGCUGGCCGUGGAGAUGAGGAACUGGAUGACUCGCCAGGCAAGCCGGGAGUCGACGGAUGGGAGCAUGAACAGCUACAGCUCUGAGGGAAAUUUGAUAUUCCCUGGUGUGAGGUUGGCUGCAGACAGCCAGUUCAGUGAUUUUCUGGAUGGACUUGGUCCCGCCCAGCUUGUAGGACGACAGACAUUGGCAACCCCAUCAAUGGGAGAUAUUCAGGUGGGAAUGAUGGAUAAGAAAGGACAACUGGAAGUAGAAAUAAUCCGAGCCCGUGGCCUUGUUGUAAAACCAGGUUCAAAGACACUGCCAGCACCAUACGUAAAGGUGUAUCUAUUAGAAAAUGGAGUCUGCAUAGCCAAAAAGAAAACAAAGGUAGCAAGAAAAACGCUGGAACCACUUUAUCAGCAACUUCUAUCCUUUGAAGAAAGUCCCCAGGGGAAAGUUUUACAGAUAAUUGUUUGGGGAGACUAUGGACGUAUGGAUCACAAAUCCUUUAUGGGAGUGGCACAGAUACUUUUAGAUGAACUGGACCUGUCCAACAUGGUGAUUGGGUGGUUCAAACUUUUCCCUCCUUCUUCCCUAGUAGACCCAACCUUAGCUCCUCUCACUAGAAGAGCUUCCCAAUCAUCUCUUGAAAGUUCAACAGGACCUUCUUACGCUCGCUCAUAGCAGCUGUGAAACUGUUGUCAUAGCAACCAGCGUUACAAAAAAAUAAAAUUACAGGUCGCAAACCCUGGUAACACUGCAUGCUUAAUGUUGUGUCUUCUGAGCCUGUUUCUAGGGCUGCAACGCGAUCCUGUGUUCUCAAGGAAGUUGCACACAUUGUGCCCUACAGAAGGCCCUCAGGUGAUGGACUCAAAUCAUGAAGAACUGAUAGGUUUGGAGUUCAGGGACUCAGUUUUGGUCCAAUCUGAAGCCAUGGACUAAACUAAAAAAAAAAUCAAUCUGUUUCAUGCAACAAAAGUCCUUUUCAAUGGCAUAUCUGUUUUGUUGCUCCCUUUUCUUUAUUUAUCUGCCCUCCCCUCCUAAAGUUUGGUUAUGCCACAGAAACGGAGUUACCCUCCCAUGGAGCCACGUUACAAGUCAGUGGAUUAGCAGAGAUUGAAGAAAAGAAACUAAGGAUGCUGGAAAAGUCAACUGGCACUUGCAGCAGUUGCUUGAGAUCUGAAAACUCUUCAUAUUGAAAAGGUUCAAGACUUAAAGUGGCAGGCUUCAUACCUCCAGCUGUUCACACAGUGAAACCCCAGACAUGAUGGACUCUCUGAAAAAUAAAGUUCUGUGGAUAUACUGUACUGUAUGAAAUUAAGAAACUUUUUUGCAUGGACACAGAUUUAGCUGAACACUUAAAUUAUUUUCUUGGGGCUGCAACUUGCAAAAAAAAAAAAAGAAUAAAUCAGCCAUUUUCAACAGUUUAUAUUAUUUUUAAAGAUAAAUUUCACUAGUGCAUGGUUUUAAAGGGAAGAGAAUGCAACAGGGUGAUACAAAGACACACCACGUUUAUCAUUCUUUAAACCAGUCAUGGUCUGUGUUUUUGCAGACUUCUAUUAAAAAUAAAAAAAUAAUUUCUAGCAAAUAUUUAAAAUUCUGUUUAUGUGACAAGAAAUAAGUGUAAUAUAUUAAAUUUAUUUAAAUGUAAAAGGUACAAGCCUUGUAAAGUUCAACAUAAUGUGCAAAUUGUACACUUCUUUUACCUCCUUCUUUCUCUAUCUCUCCUCCCAGUCUCCCUUCUUCCUUUCGCUCUUUUCCCCCUCUACCUCCCAGGAUGAUCAGCAUAUUCUAAAAUGGCUACCUUUUGACUUAUUAUUGUCUUAUGCCCCAUAUUUGGUUCAGGGUUGCAGAUUGUUCUGCAUUUCUGAAUUAUUUGAGAAAAAUAUUGUUUAAGAGCUUACUUUUUUUCAAGCAUGUUGAAAAGGAUUUUGCAACAUGGCUUGGGAGUACAUUAAUGUAAUUCAGCAUGUAUUUGAUAAAGAAGAUAUUUGAAUUUUUGCAAUUUAUUGUACAGUGCAUGGUAACUUAUUUUCAUUUUUUCUCACCUUCAAAUUGAAUUCUACAGCAAAAUACUGGAAUCAUGUGGCCAUUGUAAGAUGUCUUCAAUAAAUUUGUGUUCAGCACCAGCAUCUUUCAUUCAAAGACUGAACUAUUAUUUCUUGAAGGUUUUUGGAAAGAGGAAAAAUUAAGUACCUGAUUGAUUUUUAGGAAACAAAUUUAAGUAUUUUUAUUUGCACUAAACCAAAUUGAUUGCUACAUUUUUGAAAUAACAGAAGCAACAAAGGUUACAAAUCCAUACAGUUCUUCUGCUGUAAAGUUCAAUUUUCAUAAAUUACAUUUGCGUUGCAAAAGACAUAAUUAGAUAAUAUCAGUCUGGAAGGUAUCAGUCUUUGGUUGGUAAAAUAGCCUUAAAGAAAGCUUGUCAGUACUACUCUGUCAGCUAUUUGACACCAUUACCAGAACCUUGCUGCAGUUAAUGGAUCUUCAGAACCCUGGGCUUUGUAGCAGACAGUGACUACCAUCGGGUGGUGCUGCAAGUUCAAGCUUCUCAUGAAGUUUCGUUAUUUAAAGGGAAUGUAACUGGUUAAUGUUUAAUUACAAAAUAUCCUUUUCUUUUUUUUCUUUUUCCUGGGUCUUUGUAUGCCUUUAAUACCUACUUAAGGUUUAAUAUUGAAAUCUUGCAAUAAUUUUUGAAGUAUGUUACAUUUACCUUUAUGGCCACACAGAAUUAUUCUGAUUUUAUUUGAAAAUCUGUUGAAGUUUCCCAUUAACAAAUUGUACAUGCCUGGUAAGAGGGAAAAAGUAAUAACAGUAUCACUUAUAAUGCCUUUUACUUUGUGCAAUAUCAUAGAAAAUGAGAUUGUGUCUUGUCUGCAGAGUUUAUAUAAUGGAUUAUUGUUAAGUUAAUAGACAGACUGGUAAAAUUAUAUUUAUUGAAAUAAUUUAGACACCUGUCGACCAGCAGCAAAUAAAUACUACUAACAUGCAGUCUACAAUAUCCCCUAGGAUAUUAAACAAAAAUACAUAACCAUUUUCCUGACACUGUGAGAUGUGCUCACACAUUCUUGUAUGCAUAGUCCUCUAUAAAUUAUUUCAAAUUUUAAAAUCAAGGACAUGACGCAUGGAAGGUUUGUACAUAAUUGUCAUUAUGCAGUAUUUAUUUUAAAAAAAUUAAUGUUUUUUUUUAAUUUUCACACGUCUGCAAUUCUACUUAUGGUUUAGUCAUGUAAAUAGUACUAUUCCAGUGAUCACUGCUGUCUUGUAAAUAGUACGUUUUAAAAAGUUAAAAGGAAUUACAGUUGGGGAAAAAAAAGGGCAGAUUAGGCCUGUAAUGAACACCAACUAAUGUAAAUCAAACUCAUUCUGGUGAUGGUAUUUAACACUUUAAAUAAAACAUUUUCUUUACAGAA